ACGCCAUUAUGUGAUUCUGCGCAGAUGGUAAAAACAAGGCGAACUGUACACAAAGAAAAAAUAAAAACACUUUCUAAAGAAUUUUGUUCAAACUUAAACAUACAUCUGUUCUGUAAUAAUAUACCUAACCAAUGCCAUCGGAAGCAUGUACACCAUUCCAUAUGCUUAAGUUCGAGAUAAACAUCGCCAGCAUUGCUCAUAAUUCAAAGGAAAUGGAUUUUUUAUUUCACUGCUUUUAGUUAGAAAGUAGAGCACAAUGCAUUUUUGAAAAUACAUGCAGUUUAUAUGUUUGGUUGUAUUCUACAAUAUCGUGGGCUAGUAAAUUAACGACGUAGUAAGGUCACAAAUAUGGCGUGUAGACAAGAGUUGACGUAGAUUAUGUCCCCGGUCUAUUUGUGGUGGCUGGUAUCAUAUUAAGCGAAAUUGACAUAUUUUUACUUUGAGUAAUAUAUAUAAUUACGUGUAUAAAUAACCGACAAGUGAAGUGCAACUGAAGAAUUCUACUUCUACAGUCGAGAUGGUGAGAUGACGGAGAGGUUAGGGGAAGAAUAUGACGUGAUGUCAAAAAUAACGGAUUCUUUCAUCAAUAAUGAAAUUACAUGCAAUAAAACUUUUUCGAUGAAUUACGGCACAUUGUGUAUCGCCUUGAUAUGUUUUUUGCUGUUUCGUACAUUCCAAGAUUUUUAAAAUAAAAAUAGUGUGAAUGCAGGCAAAUUCAACACAUAUCAUAAUGGCAUUUUAACUUCGGCAUAGAAUGAUGAGAGAACCUGGAUAACCCAUUAAUGAUGGCAGGAGUAUUGUUAAAGCAUGAGCAGGGGACACAUUUGGCCAAGAAGAAGUUGAGCUGCACUGGUCCAUGUGUCCAACUUUCAAUUAAGACUAGUUCACUGAUUUUAGUGUAUUAUGUAUUGUCUAUUGGACUUACCUUCUAUCAACGCAGAUUUCUUCAGGAAUUCCACUUUCCCCUGUCUGUAGUGGUGUGUCACUUAGUACUAAAGUUUGUUUUUGCAUCCCUCUGUCGUACGAUUUGGGAAUGCUGCAGAUCAAAGCAAAGAGUUGUCUUGAAUUGGGGAAACUAUGUGAAAAAAGUGGCACCUACAGGAAUUUCAAGCGGACUUGAUGUUGGAUUGUCCAACUGGGGACUAGAACUAAUACCCGUGUCUUUGUAUACAAUGACAAAAUCUACAGCCAUUAUAUUUAUACUUGGAUUUGCACUUCUCUUCAGACUGGAAGAAAAGUCAUGGACCCUGUGUAUCAUUGUAGUCAUGAUUUCUGGUGGUUUAUUUCUCUUCACAUAUAAAGCAACAGAGUUCAACUUCCUUGGAUUCAUACUUGUAUUAACAGCAUCUUUCACAAGUGGACUUCGAUGGACCCUAGCACAGCUUGUGAUGCAAAAAUCAAAGCUGGGUUUGGAAAAUCCAGUAGAUAUGGUGUAUCAUGUGCAGACAUGGAUGAUUGUGGCCAUCCUCCCCCUUGCAAUUGGAUUUGAAGGCAUGGCACUGGCUAGCAACUGUAAAUUCUUCCGUUACCAAGAUGUGGCUGUUGUUAUCAUCACACUGUUGAAGAUUCUAAUGGGUGCUGUGUUGGCAUUCUGCAUGGAAGUUGCAGAGUUUAUGGUUGUCACACACACUUCCAGCCUGACCCUGUCUGUGGCAGGCAUUUUCAAGGAGGUGUGUACACUGGUACUGGCUGUUGAAACAGGUGAUCAGAUGAAUUUAAUCAAUGUUGUGGGCUUAUUUUUCUGUUUGGGAGGAAUUAUAUUCCAUGUUUUGCACAAAGCAACUAUUGCCAGCAGAAGAAGUAACAUGGAUGAAUUGGACGAAGACUCAUUCAACAGCGAGGGAGAUCCGAAACAAUUGGAUAACAGCUCAGAUUUACGAGUGCCUCUACUUGCAGAGUCAUCUGUCAUAUUUAGGCCAGGAAACAUUAACAGCACAGAUGAGAGUGAUGAAGACUCAUCAAAUGUUCUGUUUAACAUUUUACAAAGAAGGGACAAUCCACGGUAGCAUACUCUUGUUGCCUUCUUUUGUUUUUGUUCACAAUUUGGCAUUUGUAUUCCCAGUUGGUGGAAUGCAAAUCAGGGAAACAUUUUUAAUUAAUGGUUGCUAUAAACACAAUCUAAAAUUAUUUUUAUAGUUAGUGCUAGAAAUGUAUAUAAACAGUUGCAAAGCAAAGGCAUCUUUUAAUAACGUAAAACUGGAAAUCAUAGAAAUAAUAUUGCUUUUCAAUACAUUCCCACAUGUAUGUGAUGUAAUGUAAUGUAGCAUUAGUGUCUCUUAUCCUCUUUUAGUUAUUAAUAAAAUGUACCUUAUUUUAAAAUACGCAAGUUCAAAAAGAUGUCAGGCUGAUUUUCCUAAAAUACUGUAACACAGAUUAUGGUAGUUUUGAUACUGCAGCUCUGUGCAGAAGUUGUCGGGUGAAAAGUGCUUUAGUCAGUAUUAUGUACUUAAGUUAAUCUGACCAAACAAAGAGGUGGCAUCGCAACUCGAAGAAUGACAUACAGCAUUCACAUUAGAUGUUUUUUUCAUGCAAACAUAUUCACCAGUAUCCUAAUUCAUGAUGCCUCUUUGCUUGGUGGUAUUUAGACUGAUCCAACACAAAGUUUUGAAUAAUUAUUUGGCAAUGCUUUUUGCAUGUUAGCAAAAUAAAGUAACAGUGAAAAGUAAGACAAAUAUAAAAUUAACCAAAAUUGCCUGAAAACUGCACAAUAUAUUUUAAAUAGACACUGUUUAAAUACUAGCUGACUUUUAACAUGGGAAGUGUUUAUCCUUAUCCUAGUUUAUUUUGACACAUAUUUAAAGAAUAUCACAUUAAAUAAAAUGUGAAGUACAGAUUCCAAUACAACGGUUGCAUUUUUCAUAACAAAGCAUGUUUGUUCCUCAGAAUAUUGAACAUGUGUUCAGUAACUGUGAUUAUUAAUGGUAAAUGGAUGAUUUAUGUCAGUAUUGUUGUUAUUACUUUUAUGUUUGUUUUUGUUAAUAUGUAGGUUUGACAAUAUUUAUAAAACUCAGUAUGUGUUACCUAUAAUAUGCUUGUCAAAUUGAAGUGUGAUCUGAAGUUAAUUUUAAGCAUGUAUAAUUCUGGUUUUAAUUUUUUGGGGCAAGUACAGUAUGUCUUUUCUGAAAAAUGUUAAGUGUAGCUAAAUAUAUGAAAAUUUUGGUAAUAAACCGCUAGCACACUA